AAGAGUAAGAAGAAUAUUUGUGCAAGAAGCAAUGAAACAACGGAUACCAAAUUCGCUGUUAUCAUUUCUGGCGCUUUACCAAAUGGUUUUCGGUUUCAAGUUCGGGUGUACAAAAGUGAGAAAUAUAAAAUUCAAAAUGGCAGCUCAUUGGUUUUCUAUCGUCAUGGGUUGCUUCAUGAUGUCGGCCUUAUUUUUGACAUUCACGGCGGUGCCAUCUGAUGCAGGGAACGGGCAUUACUGGAGACUUAUAACAUUCGUGCAGUACAUACCGACUUUCUGCAUAUUGAUCUCGAUGAAAUACACUGUUUGCGAAUUCUUGUCAGACUUAAUAAUUGUGGCACCAGAUUCUAAUAGAAUAGGGUUGGUGGCUUGGGUUUACACAUUAUUGAUGUUCUUAUUAAAAAUAAAUGGAGCAAUGUUGUAUUGUGCGUUGACGACAUGCACUGACAGGAGCAAAAUGUUCCUACAGUUUUUCGUUCACGUCCCUAUGCUGGCUUUGGACGUUGUACCCGUGGUUAACAGUCUUAUAUUCUACCACGUAUACACUCGAAUGAGAAAUUUGAAAAUUAAACUGUCGCAGCGUGAAAUUACUUUUGUGCAAUUAGAAACUGAGUAUAAAGCUGUGGCAGAUUGUUUUGAUAAAUUUAGAGGAGGUUACGAUGCUAUGUUCAUUUGGGGGUUCUUAACUGACUCUCCUAAAUUUAUGCUUGUGAUGUGGAACUAUCUCCAUUCAUUGAAGACAUUUAAAUCAUGGCUGAUGAGUUCAUCAACAUACGUGUACGCGAUGCACGCGACGCUUCAGAUCUGCAUUCCGGCGGUAUUCGCUGAAAUGAUAAUCGCUCAAACAGACGAGAUUAAAUUGAUUCUGCAUGAGUGGCUUGUGACCGAGAAAGAAGACACAUCAUCAUCCGCUCGCACCCUGCGCUACAUCGAAGCUCGGCCACUCCUGCGCAAAGCAUGGCGUCUCCUACCUCUGGACCUGCGCCUGCCCACCACCAUGCUCUCCAUGUGUGCUACCUACCUCAUCGUUAUCAUACAAUUUACGCACCUUUAUGAUUAG